AUGCAGACUGCCGCUGCAAAACCAACUUUUUGGGUUCUUGUGACACCCGAACAAGCAACGCGCUUAACCGAUUCAGAUAACAUAACGAUGCUCGAGUUCUGGAAAGGUCCCGCGUGGCUCAAAACCAGAGGCACUGAAGGCGACGACCGAUGUGCUCUGCUACCGAAGAAUGAAUACUCAGCCAGACUACCGUGGCAGCCUUCGUACGCUCAUCCACAGAAGACUUCAAGGUCCCCGUCAGGGCUUGAAGAACGCUACAUCCGGGUUGGAAUUGGGGGUGCUGGGAAUAAGCGCAAGUCCUGCUCUCCUUUCCUAACUGCACUUCAAGCAUUGUCUGACUGGAUUGAAUCGGCAGAGUUUGGAUGCGUGAUGGCCGCGUAG